UUUAGGAAUUGACACUUCUGAAAAGAAAGAAGCCUUUGUUCAUCUCAAUCACCAACUUUAUCAAGAAAAGCAACAAUUUGGCUUAGCGGUAAAAGAAAAAGAAAAUAUUUUAAGAUUAUUAGUAAAUACUUUAAAUCUCAGUCCUGAACAGCAAGCAUAUUUAGAAAAGAUGGGGAUUAGUUUCUUUAAUGCUAGAUUAAAAACUUUUGCUUUAUCUGAGCAACAGAAAAAUAUUUUAGCUGCCUUAGCUCCUUUAACCAGAGAAGAAAAAUACAGUAAAGAUAAUUUGCAGCUACUAAAUUCUUUAUCUUUAAAACCAAGUAGUCUAACCUUUUUUACUAGCGAAAAUAUUUUACCUAAUCCUAAUUUUGACUUUGGUCAAAUAACUAGUCCUUAUUUACCUUUAAAAAUCAA